CGGACGCUGCUGCUCCCCGGGGUCUGUGCUGGGGGGGGCAUUAACCCCUCCCUGCCCGGCCGGGGGGGGCUUUCUCCAGCCGGGAUCGGCCCCCGGCCGCAGUUAACUGGCAGAGAUCGUGGGAAAGUGCUGGGGGUGGACAGGGAAACUUCCCUUUGCCUGUCUGGGGGGGGACGGCAUUAACCCCUCCCUGCCCAGCCGGAGGGGGAUUUCCCCAGCUGGGACCCGCCCCCGGGCUGUGCCCGCACCAGCCCCGGGCCGCAGGAGCCAGUGACCUUCGGGGAGGUGGCUGUGUAUUUCACUGAGUCAGAGUGGGCUCUGCUGGACCCCGCUCAGAGAGCCCUCUACAGAGCUGUCAUGCAGGAGAACUAUGAGAAUGUGACCUCGCUGGGUGUUGGGAUGGAGAGUGAGACCGAGAAGCAGAAACCUCAGGAAGAAGAUGCUGAGCCAGUGGAAACACAGGGGGUAUCAUUGCAAAAAUCCAAAGGAAAGGUGCCCGUGAGUCAUGAGCAGGGAAAUGCCUGUGAGAAACAGCUUAGACCAGAGAGGCAGAAGGCAAACAAGCCAGGGAAGAAAGGGGGUAAAUCCAUCCGUUGUUGGGAAAUGCACAAAGACCUCAAUGAAACUCCAGCCCAGCCGAGAAACCUCACGGAAGAGAGAAAAAACACAUGUACUGAGUGUGGGAAAAACUUCAGUAAGCGUUCAGGCCUUAUUAACCAUGAGAGAAUCCACACAGGGGAGAGACCGUAUGAAUGCAGCGAGUGCGGGAAAACCUUCCCUCGGAGCUCAGCCCUUAUCAUACAUCAGAGAAUGCAUACGGGAGAACGACCCUACGAAUGCUGUGAGUGUGGGAAAACCUUCAGUAACCACUCAGACCUUAUUCGACAUCAGAGAAUCCACACAGGUGAGCGGCCCUAUGAAUGCAGUGAGUGUCGGAAAACCUUCAGUUACCGCUUGGCCCUUACUGAACAUCAGCGAAUCCACACAGGGGAAAGACCUUAUGAAUGCAGUGAGUGCGGGAAAAGCUUCAGCUACCGCUCAGAUCUCAUUAGACAUCAGAAAACCCACACCGGAGAGAGACCUUACGAAUGCUGUGAGUGUGGGAAAAACUUCACUGACAGAUCAGCCCUUAUUAAUCAUCAGAGAAUUCAUGUGGGAGAUAGACCCUAUGAAUGCUCAGAGUGUGGGAAAAGCUUCAGUUACCGCUCAGACCUCACUACGCAUCAGAGAACCCACACCGGAGAGCGACCCUAUAAAUGCAGCGAGUGUGGGAAAACCUUCAGGCAGAGCUCACACCGCAUUCGACAUCAGAAAAUCCACACGGGUGAGAGACCUUAUAAAUGCUGCGAGUGCGGGAAAAGCUUUGCUGACAGUUCAGUCCUUAUUACGCAUCAGAGGAUCCACACGGGUGAGAGACCCUAUAAAUGCUGUGAGUGCGGGAAAACCUUUGCUGACAGCUCCGCCCUUAUUAGACAUCAGAGGAUCCAUACAGAAGAGAGACCCUAUAGAUGCUCCGAGUGUGGGAAAGGCUUCCAUCAGAGCUCAACCCUAACUAGCCACCAGAGAAUCCACACAGGAGAAAGACCCUAUGGAUGCUGUGAGUGCGGGAAAAGCUUCACUCGGAGAUCAGCCCUUAUUAGGCAUCAUAGAAUCCACACCGGGGAGCGACCCUACGAAUGCUGUGAGUGUGGAGAAAGCUUCACUCGGCGCUCAAACCUCAUUACACAUCAGAGGAUCCACACAGGAGAGAGACCCUACAAAUGCUGUGAGUGCGGGACAAGCUUCACUCAGAGAUUUUCCCUGACUACACAUCAGCGAAUCCACACAGGGGAGAGACCCUACGGAUGCUGUGAGUGUGGGAAAAACUUCACUAACAGCUCAGCACUUACGGCCCAUUGGAGAAUCCACACGGGAGAAAAACCCCAUGAAUGCUGUGAGUGCGGGAAAACCUUCAUUAGCAGCUCAAAGCUCAUAGCACAUCUGAGAAUCCACACGGGAGAGAGACCCUAUGAAUGCUGGGAGUGCAAGAAGAACUUUACCAACAGCCCAGACCUUAUAAAGCAUCAGAGAAUCCACACAGGAGAGAGACCCUAUGGCUGUUCUGACUGUGGGAAAAACUUCACUUACAGCUCAGCGCUUAGAAAACAUCAGCAAAUCCACACAGGAGAAAGACCCCAUGAAUGCUGUGUGUGCGGGAAAAGCUUCACUCAGAGCUCAUCCCUUAUUUCACAUCAGCGAAUCCACACAGGAGAAAGACCCUAUGCGUGCUCUGAGUGUGGGAAAAACUUCAUUGACAGCUCAUCACUUCGGAGCCAUCAGAGAAUCCACACGGGAGCCAGACCUUAUGAAUGCUCUGAGUGUGGGAAAAGCUUUACUUGGAGCUCAAACCUUAUUACACAUCAGAGGCUCCAUACCUCAUAGAGACACUCUAGAUUCCCUAAAUGUGGGAAAAGCUCGUACCAGAAUUCAGCCCUAACUUAUCACCAGAGAAUUUGCAAGGGAAAGAAACACCAUAAAACCCUUCUCUAGGACUGAUCUUUUGUGUCACAAGGUCUCUCGGGUCCCUCAGACUGAGACGCCCUUAAGGUUGAAACGCCCAAGCGGUAGAUGGUGAGAAGGUGGUGGGAUUUGCACCCUGUAAAUAAACUUCACCGGUGAUUGCUGGACCUGAGGGUCUCUGAGUGGUUUUUGGAGCAGAGGCAGGAGCAAAGGGGACCCUGCUACACCCUGUUACUAGACCAUAAAGGCAAAAAAACAAAAAACGAAAAGUACAAUCACAACUGCUGCUAAGUGAUUGCAUUCUGUCUGGUAAGCAACCAAUAAAGUUUUCUUUAAACAUC